AUGAAGCUCACACUCUUUACUCUGGCCAGUGUAACUGCCCUCGCAGUUGCAGCGCCUGCUCCGCAAGUCAUUGAGACACUUGAGAAAAGGGCCGAUUACUGCGGCCAAUGGGACAAUCAGAUUAUUGGAGACUUCACGGUCUACAACAAUCUCUGGGGCAAGGCUGAUGCCACUUCUGGAUCGCAAUGCACUGGCGUUGAUGGUCUCAGCAACGGCACCCUCAAAUGGCACACGAAGUGGUCCUGGGCAGGCGGUGCUGGCAAAGUCAAAUCUUACGCCAACGUCGUCACCAAGAUCACAUCAAAGGCUCUUUCAGAGGUCAAGUCACUUCCUUCAUCCUGGACCUGGUCGUACACCGGCUCCGACAUGAUCGCCAACGUGGCAUACGACCUCUUCACCGGAUCCACUCCCACCGGAGAUCACGAUUACGAGAUUAUGAUCUGGCUCGCUGCUAUAGGCGGCGCAGGUCCGAUCAGUGCCACCGGAAGUCCUAUCGCGACGGUCACCUUAGCUGGAACCAGCUGGAAGUUGUACAACGGGUUGAACGGAAAGAUGAACGUUUUCAGCUUCGUUGCGGAGAGUGAAGUCAAGAGCUUCAAGGGUGACUUGAUGGACUUUGCGAAUUACUGCAUCAAGUCACAUGGAUUUCCAAACACCCAGAUCUUGCAGAGCGUGGGUGCUGGAACCGAGCCUUUCUCUGGAAGCGACGCGGUUCUUACUACCAGCGCGUACACGAUGAGCCAAUCCUAG